UUCUUAAUCAAAUGAGUGAGUGAGUGAGUGAGAGAGAGAGAGAGAGAGAGAGAGAGAGAGGGAAAGAAGGAAAGAGAGAGGGGAAGAAGAGUGUAUCAGACGCCUGUAUCUGAUUUUGAUGCAUGCAGUGGAAGCAAAAUGAAAGAAACAGUAAGAUAAAGCAGAUGAUAUAAGAAGUUUUCUGCAUUUGGGUUCUCUUUUUAUGUCGGACCUGCCAAGUUUUCAGAGGAGAAAACCAGUGCCAGUUAUUGCUGGUUUUCUUGCUGGAAGACUGAUGCUUUUCAGAUAAUGCUAAGGAGACAGAGAUCUGCUGGAAAGGUGUGUGGAUGUUAACUUGAUGGCUGAUUCUGCUUCGGGGUCCAAUAAUAAGUAUGAAAAACUUGGUCUUAAACAUAUAACUAGCUCACUUUUUGGCAUUCCUGGUUUUCUUGUGGAAUCCAAAGCAUCUUCAGAAUCUGAUUCAGCUAGGAGCCCCACUUCUCCUCUGGAUUUCAGAGUUUUCACAAAUCUAAGCAACCCAUUUAGUACUAGAUCUUCAACAGUAUCAUCCCAAAAUGGUCGUCAAAAGAAGUGGGAUUGUAGCAAGGUGGGGCUUUGCAUUGUGAAUUUACUUGUUGAUGAAACCGGAACGAAUGAAAAUGAUGCUGAUUUACUUAAGAGAAAAAAUAUUAUAUUUGCACCCCAGGUGAAGACCAAGAAUUCUAACUACUCAAGGUUUUAUGAAGACUCGCUUGAUUCUUCUGUGAACUCCAAUUAUUUGAGAAGGAAUUAUAUGAUUUCUUCACCUUCCAAGUCCCAGUGUCCGAGCCCCAAAUUGGGUGAUGUAAAUCUUUCCUUUGAAAAUGAGGAAAUACGUAAACCUGAACCAUUUGAUGUGAAUGCAUCUAGUUUAGUGGAUUCUGUCAGGCUUUCCUCUUCUCUGAACACCUCAACCAAAAGACCCCAUUCAAGCUACAAAAAGUUGUGUUCAGCUAGAACUGCUAUAACAAGUUCCCCUCUGGUAAUUGGCGGAGGGUCACAGUUUGACAAUUCUUUGGCUAUUCAACCGAGUUCACUUCCAGUUGCUAUUGUCUCUGGCACUGGAUAUGUGGGCUCUCUCUCGGCACGUGGGAUAGAGCUUUCAGAGGAUUAUACUUGUAUAAUUUCUCAUGGUCCGAAUGCUAAAACCACUCAUAUUUUUGGUGACUGUAUUUUGGAAUGUCACACCAAUGAGUUGGUCAAUUUUGACAAAAAGGAAGAGCAAGAGAUUGGAUCACCUGAAAUGGCUAAACCCCUGUGGGAUUCAACCUCUUCUGCACCUGAUAUGCUUUUAAGGUUUUGUUAUUCAUGCAAGAAGAAGCUGGAAAACAGAGGAGAUGUUUAUACAUACAGGGAUGAGAAAGCUUUUUGCAGUUUUCACUGCCAUGCUGAUGAGAUUUUUGUUGAGGAGGAACCUGAAGAUAAUUGCAAUAAUUCCUCCAAAAGCUCAACUGUAUCUAGUUACCAAGAAGAUCUCUUUCUAAUGGCUAUGCCAUUUACCUCCUAAGGGGCUUCGGUAGCUUUUCUCUGGCUUCCAUGUCCGAAACUGAUAAACUUCUGCAAAGUUAAUACCGAGAUCAUCUGCAUGUAGUAGGUGUGCAUGCGGAUACGUUUGCUGCCAUGGAUAAUUGCAUCUCAUUCAGUUGGUUAAUUUCGUGUUGAUUUUUUCACAGUAUCAUUGAGAUGUGGGUGGCGAUAGCCUAGAGUUCUUUUAUAUGGUCAGAACAUAGAUAUAAAAAGUAAGUUGCUUUUGCUCUAUAAUUUUGAUGGAAUGAGUUAGAAGUGGCUGCAUGCAAGCCCCGACUCAUCUGUUUUACUUAUCUUUUCUUGCCAUUGUGUUUUGUGAAAGUUUUUUGUUCAGGCCUGUUAGACCCAAAUGACUAUUGAAUUUUACGUGGAAUCUUUAAUGGUUUUCUGUUCCUUUGUA